AUGACUCAGAACCCCAACUACUACAAUCUUCACAAUGUCAGCCAUCAGCAUUUAUCAGAUCACCUGUCGGAACUUGUGGAGAACACCUUGCAAGAGCUGGUUAACUCAAAGUGCAUGUUGAUAGAGGAUGAAAUGGACGUUUCAGCACUGAACCUCAGGAUGAUAGCAGCGUACUAUAAUAUCUCAUAUGUCACUGUGGAGGUGUACACCCUGUUGCUGAAGGAGCAGAUGAAACUCAAAGGUCUUCUGGAAGUUGUUGCCUCUUCUGCAGAGUUCAGGUCAAUUCCUAUCAGGUGUCACAAAGACACCAUUCUCCACUGCAUCUACAACUGUGUUCCCAUCAAGCUCGAUUGUGCAGACUUCGAAGCUCCUCACUUCAAGACCUUCCUUCUGCUUCAGGCUCAUUUCUCUCAUAUCCAGCUGCCACCAGACUUGGCAGCGGACCAAGUUUUAGUUCUGGAGAAGGUUUUGAACCUGCUAUCGGCAUGUGUGGAUGUCAUGUCCUUGAAUACAUGGCUGAAUGCACUGGGAGCAAUGGAUUUAUUGCAGAUGUGUGUACAGGCAAUGUGGGAGACUGAUUCACCCCUCAAGCAGAUCCUGCACUUUGAACCAGAGAUUGUCAAACAUUGCAAGGAUGCUGGCAUUGAGUCUGUUUAUGAUGUCAUGGAGAUGGAAGAUGACAAACACAGCAAGCUUUUGCAAAUGGAUGGUCAUCAAAUGUGCGAUGUAGCGACAUUCAUCAACUCAUACCCGACCCUUGACAUGUCCUUCAAGCUUGACAAGGGAGAAUAUACUGCUGGUGCACCCAUCACCAUGCAGGUUAAUCUUGCCUGCAAUGGAGAUGAAGAGGAUCCUGAUGAUCAGACUGUUGUCACACCUUUCUACCCAACCAAAAAGAUAGCAAACUGGUGGCUUGUGGUUGGGGAGCCAAGCACAAAACAGCUGCUAUCAAUCAAGCAUGUCACCAUAACCAAGAAUCUCUUGGUAAAAUUGGAGUUCACACUACCGAAAGGCACCCACACUUUGAAACUCUAUGUCAUCUGCAAUGCAUACAUUGGCACAGAUCAUGAUCUGAGUUUGGAUCCUAUUGAUGUUGCAGAGGGCAAGGACAGCAACAGCAAUGAUGAGAGUGGAGAUGAGAUGGACGAGUAG